AAGGCAUAUUGUGAUGCUAAUAAACUUUGCGGAGACAUCGUAAAGGUUACCCCUAGUUCAAAAGUUGUGGGAGACUUUGCACAAUUUCUCGUGACAAACAAGCUUUCAUAUGGGGAUGUCAUUGAGAAGGCGAAAACAUUGUCGUUCCCAGUGUCAGUCGUCGAAUUUUUCCAAGGUUACUUGGGUCAACCAUUCGGAGGUUUUCCCGAACCUCUACGUACAGAUAUCAUCCGUGACUUACCAAGAAUUGACGUUCGACCUGGGGCAUCGAUGGAGCCGUUUGAUCUCACAAAAUUAAAGGCUGACCUAGUAGCCAAAUAUGGACGCUCAAUCCGAACUGUGGAUGUGAUAUCUGCUGCCCUUUAUCCAAAGGUGUUUGCCGAAUAUCGCGAUGUCAUAGAAAAAUUUGGAGAUGUAUCGGUAAUUCCUACCAGGUACUUCAUAUGCAAGCCUGAGGUUGGAGAAGAGUUUAACAUUGAUCUGGAGGAGGGAGUCACGUUGAUCGUCAAAUUUUUGGCAGUUGGACCGUUGAACGUCGCUACCGGAAAACGCGAGGUAUUCUUUGAGCUGAAUGGUGAAGCAAGGGCUGUUGGCGUUGAUGAUAGAACUGCCGCUGUUGAGACAGUCCACCGAGAAAAAGCGGAUCCUAGCAAACCCGGAGAAAUUGGAGCACCAAUGUCCGGUGUUGUUAUUGAAGUUAGAGCCAAAGAGGGAGCUGAGGUCAUGGCAGGAGAUCCAAUAUGCGUCCUUUCUGCAAUGAAGAUGGAAACCAUAGUCACGUCGACGGUCGCCGGCAAAGUCGAGCACGUGGCGGUUAAAGAAAACGAUUCAUUAUCGCCGGGUGAUCUAGUUGUCAGAAUAACUAAGGAGUAG